AUGGGAAGAGGUAAGGGAGGUGCUGGAGAAGAGGAGCAGAGGUACGGGGCUGAUGAAAACCUGCAGCUGUUCCCCCUCCCUCGACGUGGUCUCGGUUCACAGGACCCCCUUAGCCGACUGCACCUUUUCAGAACCCUCAGAGGUUCUAAACCUCUCUUUGGAGGAAUGCGGCCGUUUGACAUUCGAGACCGCUUUCUCCAUCAGUUAGCCUCGGCGCUCUGGGAGACUUUAACGGACAACGGGAAAAAAGGGGGCACUGGAGGUCAAGACGGAAUGGGCUCGGAGAGCAAGAGGUCCGAAACCAACUUUCAGCACGAAGAGUUCCACACGAGCUCAGUCGGUGAUUCUCUGGAGAAUGUCAAGUUCAGGUUUUUGAUGCACCUGCUUUUGUUUUUGGCUAAUACCGAAUUCGGCGGAGCAACAUCGGACCCUGUACCCUCAAGGAGUAGUACGCACGAGAGUGAUGAGUUGGAUUUCCCAGAUGUUAAACUUGCAGGCACUGUCGAGGAUAUGCUCUCGCAACAUAUGUUCAAACUCUACGAUAAAUACAACAGAGAAGCCAGUUCCCAGAAAAACGGAAAUACUGUCAGAAGUUUUAAAGUAACUCCAGAGACUGUGGAGCAGAAAGUCCUGUACCAACUGAAUCUGACUUCCCUUCAGGAAUCUGAGGUCAUUCUCAGCACAACUUUUCACUUUUACUUCGACAAGCGUCCGCGUCAGAGGCUGUGGUUCUGCAAGCGUUUUAAAAACCCAUCCUGUCGCGUGCAGACCCUUCACCAGCUCCCGUCUCUCCGUCUCCUCUUCCGCAGCCCCUCUGGAGGUGCUUCCCAGGGUUCCCAGUUAGGAAACGUCACCUUGUUCCCUGUAAGGAGAGGAACAUGGCAGACCAAGAGUGUGACUCACAUCAUAAAGGAGGCAAGAAGUAAGAACCAACUCCUCAUUAAUGUGGAAUUUGAUUAUGGAGAAAAGUACCAGAGGUAUCAGGACAAGCUCUCUCCGUCCAGCCUUCCGUACCUGCUGGUGUAUGCGGACGAUCUGGCCAUCUCGGAGCCCAACAGCGUGGCUAUGAGCUUACAGAGAUACGACCCCUUCCCGACGGACGAGGAGUCCGCUCGCUCUUUGAACUCGUCUCCCGACGCGCGGUUCAGGCGAGACCUGCACGUCUCAGAUCCUCUUCUCAGCAACGAGCUCCCAGAGGUGGAAUACGACAGCUUCAAACAGCAUGACACAUGGGAUGCCGCUUACCUGGCCCUCAAGCCCAAGCUCUCCAAGAAAGAGCGAAGGAGAAAAGGCCAGGAGCAGGGAGAAGGGUUGAGAAAUUCACAGGUUCUCAGCUUUGACGAGAAAACCAUGAAGAAAGCGAGGAGGAGACAAUGGAAGGAGCCGCGUAACUGUUCCAAGAGAUACCUGAAGGUGGACUUUGCGGACAUCGGUUGGAGCGAGUGGAUCUUGUCUCCCAAAUCUUUCGACGCGUACUACUGCGCGGGGACGUGCGAGUUCCCCAUACCCAAGGUGGUUCGUCCUUCCAACCACGCGACGAUCCAGAGCAUUGUGAAAACCGUUGGGAUUAUUCCCGGCAUCCCAGAACCCUGCUGUGUCCCGGACAAGAUGAACCCUCUUACCGUCCUCUUCCUGGAUGAGGCGAAAAAUAUUGUUCUGAAGACCUACCCCAACAUGUCUGUAGAUACGUGUGCUUGUCGAUAA